UCGCGUUGCUCCACGCCACAAGUGUUCGUGGCGUGCGAGCGCGAGGAUCUUCUCGUUUUCAAAAAUAGCGACCGGCGCGAGGAAAACGAAAAUUUUCUUUUUUUUUUCCUUCCCAUUUUUCAGCGUGCCAAUAAUCGGUGUAGUUUUAUAAAACCUUUUUUUUCCUUUUUUUCUUGUGUAUGUGCUUCACUUUAAAAAACAAAAGAAAGUUAUCAAUUCGUGACAAAGAGGAUAAAAAUUUCCCACCGACAAUUAGAGUUCAAAAAAAAAAAAAAAAAAAAAAAAAUAGAGAAAGAAAGAAAUACAAUAAAUAAAAAGGAAGGAAAAGUAAAUUGUUUCCGUCCCGGGAAAAUUGACAUAUCCAAGUGGGUUGAAGAGAGUGCGCGCAUGUCGGAGCCCAAGGGAUAAAUAAGGCUCUAGUCGGUCGCGUGGGGGAAGAAGAAGAAGAAGGAGAAGAAGAAAAAGAUUUUCUGAGCAAUCGAGAGAAAUACUACUUAUAGAGCGAAGGUGGUAAUUUGAGAAAAGAAGUCCGAUCAAGCAGAAUAUACGAUAGGGAGUGUCGUCGUUGUCGUUGUCGUAGUCGACGUCAAGUCAUCUAGAAAGUGAUCGGAGGAAAGCUAAACUUGAACGAGCGCAAACAAUGGCUGGUUAGUUUCGAUGGGUUCAUAGUAUAGUAUUAUAUACUCGGGUAUUUGUGAUACUAUAAAGAUUGGCCCCGCACAAACGGUAGGCAGGAAGGGAUCGUCGUAGGGGAGAUCAGAGUAUCGCCAUAGCUAAUCGUACCACCCAAGGUGGCACAGAUUGAGAGCCCCAUCAACACACAUCCUCUCCUACUGACAGGACCGGAGAUAAAACCAACAGCCACGGAUAACCAUCGACUCCAAUCAUCACAAUAAUAUAGGCUCUCUCGUCUACUGCAGAGUGAAAGAGAGAAGGAUAACAAAAUAUAUAUAUAUUGCUUUAUCUUCGUUGUCUCUGAAGCAUAUCAGUGACCGCCAUUUUUUUUCCAACCUCGUCGUCGCACGUCCCCAUUAAAGCGCGUCGCACGGCACUUCCGGUCAACCGGAAGUCACAGUCCAUGUGAACGGGCUCAGAGCGUCUCGUCAGGAUCCGCGGAAAUAAACAUGGAAGUCGCCACUGAGUUGUCACCAUUGUCGGGUGUCGACGGCCAGGAGAGGAAAGAUGAGAGAAAAUCAUAUUAUCCACAGGAGCCAAGCAGGCUACCAAGAACAAGGAGACAAAAGAUGGUGACAUGUUUAUCGCACAAUGCAUUGACAUUACUCACAGUUCUUGGUGUUGUUGGCGGUGUUGUUUUGGGAAUUUCGUUAAAAGCAAGUCGCGACAAAUGGAGUCAAAGAGAACGGAUGUACGUUAAUUAUGCCGGGGAAUUAUUUUUGCGAAUGUUAAAGGGUUUGAUUCUACCAUUAAUUAUGUCAAGUUUGAUCUCAGCCAUUGGAUCUCUAGAUCUUUCUCUUAGUGGAAAAAUAGGAAGUCGAGCAGUAGUCUAUUAUUUUGUCACCACCAUUAGUGCUGUUAUUUUGGGUAUAAUUUUGGUAAUUAGUAUUCGACCCGGUGGUGGCGAUCUUGUACUCGACGCAGUUGCCGAAAGCAAAGAACAACGUAAUGUUACAACUCCUGACACAUUAUUAGAUUUAAUUCGAAAUAUGUUUCCACCGAAUUUAGUGGAGGCUUGCAUUUCCCAAUAUCGAACGGGUAUAUACUACGAUCCUGAUCCAGUGAAAAAUCAGUCAGCAACUGAUAAAUUUACGUGGACAAUAAAAGACGAGUCGGCGAGUGGCACAAAUAUUUUGGGCCUUGUCGUUUUCUCAGCAGUUUUGGGCAUCACUUUAGGAAAAAUGGGCCAACCCGGAAAGCCUCUAUUGUACUUUUUCGAAGCACUUUCGUCUGCCAUGAUGAUUAUUACAAACUGGGUCGUUUGGCUAUCGCCAAUGGGAGUAAUGUUUCUAGUGGCGGCGAGAAUCAUUGAAAUAGAAUCAAUUGAAACAACAGUGAGACAAUUGGGAAUGUAUUUUAUGACAGUUUUAAUUGGAUUAUGUAUUCAUGGAUUUGUAAUUCUGCCGACAAUAUUUUUUAUGCUAACAAAAAGAAAUCCAUUGACAUACGUAUCAAAUAUGGCGCAAGCUUUAGUAACGGCAUUUGGAACAUCGUCGAGUUCAGCAACACUUCCAGUUGCAAUUGGUUGCCUGGAGGAUAGAAAUGGAAUUGACUCGAGAGUUACGCGUUUUGUAAUGCCGAUAGGAGCAACGAUCAAUAUGGACGGUACUGCUCUAUAUGAGGCUGUGGCUGCUAUCUUCAUUUCGCAAACGCUUAAACAGGAUUUGAGCCUCGGUCAAAUUGUGGCUGUUAGUAUCACUGCAACUGCUGCGAGUAUUGGCGCAGCAGGAAUCCCGCAGGCGGGAUUGGUAACAAUGGUUAUGGUACUGGAUACUGUGGGGAUCGACGCUAAAAACGUCGCUACAAUUCUAGCGGUCGAUUGGUUAUUGGACCGCUGCAGAACGACUGUCAACGUACUUGGCGAUUCAUUAGGAGCAGGAAUAGUGAAUCAUUUAAGUAGAAAUGAAUUAGCAGCACUACCCCGAGUGGAUAAAAUGACAUCCGAUCAUCAUGCCACCUCGAUAUGAGCUUAAUCAGUUAAAAACAAAUAAAAAUUCGCGAUUAUAACGCCUUGCGUGUUCGACACACACUCACACACAUUUUCGCUUAAUAAUAUUCAAUCUUUGGAUAUUCGGCAAUGUUUUAUGAGAAACGCAAAAGAAAACAAAAAAAAAGUUAAAAUAAUAAUAAUAAUUCUAAUUCUAAUUAAAUCAGAAUCUUUAAUCUUUCGGAACAUGAAUAGCAUAUCAAAUUGUAUAUGCGCGCAAAGAAUUAUGUGAUAAUUUUUGAGUUCCGUCAAAACUUAAAAGCAAACAAAAAAAAAGAAAAAAGAAGAGCUUUAUUUUGAGGACUUACUGCACAAACUAUUUUCUUAUAUUCGAUAAAUUAUUUCUCGCGGAGGCGACUUUACAAAAAAAAGAAAAAUACGUUAAUUAAAAAAAAAUAGAUGUGUAUUUUAUUCCUUCUUGUCCGGCACAAGAUGGCUUUACGUAUUUUCCUAUAAUCGAAUUUAUUUUCAAAAAAGAAGAAAAAUUAACGUAUUAUUUAAUUCUAUAAUUUAAACCUAUAAACAAUAUAAAUUAAUAAAUUAAUUUUUGUAAUUAAUAAAAAUACAACAAAAGAAACCACGAACAAUAAUCAAAAUGUUGAAACAAUAUAAUAAUAAUAAUAAUAAUGAUAAUAAAUGAGCAUAAAAAGGAAAAAAUAUUUCCAAGCUCGUAAAUUAUGUAAAUUACUCGAGUGUUCAAAAGUUACAAUUGAAAAUCAAAAGUCUGCACAGACAAUAAAAAAAAAUACUCUAUUCUAAGAGUACUUCCAAAUGAGCGAUUUUUAUCAAAUAAAAAUUCUACAAUCGCUAAAGAAAUUUUUCUUCAAUUUAAUAUAUAACUUCCAUCCAAAGUCAUUUUAGUAAAAAAAAAUUUCAUUAUCAAAAAUUAAAAUUUUAAAUUCAGUUUUUGAUUAGACUUCAAUUUGUCAACAACUUUACAAUUUAAUAAAUUUUGAAUAGAAAACAAAAAAUUCAUGAAAGUGACUUGAUAGGGUUUGUAUUAAAUUUAAUAAAAAUUUUUUCUAAAAGUGCACCAGUUUGAUACGAAAAAAAAAGAAAAAACAAUUUUCAGCCGCUCUUUUAAAUCAUCCAAAAAAGCAAUUACAAAACAAAUCCAUUUUCUUGUCGAAUUAUAAUAAUUGCAUUAGCUCAAAUAAGUCAAAUGAACAAUGAUGAUUAAAAAAGAAAAAAAAAAUUAUAAACGAAAAGAAAGAUCGCUGCCAAAGUACUCGUAUACUAAACUCGUUAUAUAGUCAUCCUCGAGUCCUCGAUACUCGCUCGAAAUAUCGAAAAAUAUAGUGAUAUAAAUGUAUAUGAGCAUUAAUCAUUGCUCAUUAGCCACUAAACAAAUAAUCUCAUUAAUAGACUAAAAGAAAAAAAUAAUUGAUAAAGUUAGAAGCAAGGAAAGAAAGAAAGAGAAAAGAUACACUGUAAAAAGAAUGUUACUAAUUUAUUAUCAAUUUUGGUACUAAUUACUAAAUUGUAAUUUGGUUCUUUUUUAAUUUUUAAUACCAAAAAUUAGAUGUAAUUUAGUACUUUUUUCAACUGAAAAAAAAUUUAUUUGAUUCAAAUAACUGUCUACUUGGCUAUUAUCAAUUAAAUAUUUACUUGAAUCAAAUAAAUUUUUUUUUAGUGUACAGUACAGAAAGAGAGAAGGAAAUAAAGAAAGAGAUAAACUCUGUUAACUUAAAAGCAUCAAAUUUUAACGAAUUGGUACCAAAAAUGUGGAGCAAAUAAAAAAUUGAUCCAAAUUUUAGGCAUCAAUUUGAUGCACUUUAGUGUCAAUUUUAUACUUUCAAGAAAAUUGCGAAAGGAAUGAGAGAAAGAAAGAAAUAAGAACAGAAAAAGGAAGGAAUUAAAAAAAUAAUAAAAGAAAAUAAAAAGAAAGAAGAAGAAAGAAAGAAAGGAAAAAAAAGAAAGAAAGAAAACAAAAAGAAAGGAAAGAAGAAGAUACUUUAGUGUCAAUUUUAUACUUUCAAGAAAAUUGCGAAAAGAAUGAGAGAAAGAAACAAGAACAGAAAAAGAAAGGCAAGAAAAUUAAAAGAAA